CCCACACCCAGACGCGUACCUGUCGCCCACCCUUUUGCUGUUCUUCGCAGCUCGACUUGAAGUCACGUACCACAACAGGGCCGUCAGACUAGCACCCACCUGUCUACAUCUAUCAUGUCGGCUGAAGCUGGCCACAUCCCCCACGAUGCGCCCAUGGCGCAGGACGUGGCGAUCAACAUCGAUCUGCCUUCCCGCCGUGGUUCCCUGGACCAAGGACACGUGACCUUCGACGGCUUCCAGCUGGAGCAGGUGGACCCAAACAGUAAAGUCCACCCUUCGCACGACAUCUUCAAGGACAAGAAGACGGGCAAGCACUACAAGAAGGUUGCACCAAGCUGGUCCAUUGCCCAUGCCGCCGCAAAGGGAAAGGGACAGCCUACUGUGGAGGGAAAGAGGGCGCACGGCACAAAUUUCUCCGUCGGACACGCAAUCGGCGCUUCCAAGAACAGAGAGCCGGGAACAGCGGGAUCCAGGAGCGGAGCCACGACGCCCAUUGCAACUUCCGGGUCGGGAUUGACCGGCAAUGACAUGGAAAGGCUGGUGGAGAAGCUGAGAUCCGUAGUGCGCGAAGAGGUUCGACAAGCCAACGUCGGUCACGCUGAGCACCUCGAGCGCGUCGUAGCUGAGACAGGACCACCCUUGGCACCCACUGUCUCCUCCACUGGCGAAAAGAGCAGUUUCGGCGGGGCUGGCGUCCCGGAGCUCAAUGCCGAGGAGAGCAGUCCAUCAAAGACCAGGGUCAUCACCGAGACGGAGGCUGCCAGGGGUAUUGACACCGACUCGGACGUGGAGGAAGCCUUCCCCAACAAGUGGGCAAAGAUCCGCUACCAGUGUCGCGAGCCUUUUGCCGAGUUCCUGGGAUGCUUUAUCCUCAUCACCUUUGGUACUGGUGGAGACAUCCAGGCUCUCCUCUCGCCCAGCGUAGGCACUGGUAUGGCAUUCGGUCAAUACCUCUCCGUCUCCUUUGGAUGGGGUAUCGGUGUCGCCAUGGCCGUCUGGGUCUGUGGUGGAGUCAGUGGUCAAAUCAACCCAGCCGUGACCUUGGCUCUGGCCAUCUUCCGAGGUUUCCCUUGGAAGAAGGUGCCCAUCUAUUGGUUUGCUCAGAUUUCUGGAUGUGCCCUCGGAGCCCUCUGCAUCAUCGGUCUCUACUGGAACCCACUGAAGUUGGCAGACCCUGAAAAGACACAGACUACCGCUUCUCUGCUCACGACGUUCCCUCAGGCUUUCCUUGAACCACCCGGAGCUCGUCUAUCGGGCUUCUACAAUGAAGUCUACGCCACUGCUGUACUCAUGAUGGUCAUUGUAGGAAUCAACGAUGGAUCCAACACUCCCCCUCCAGAGGGAAUGGCGCCUCUUGUUCUCCUUUGGCUCGUGACUGGACUAGGAGCAUGUCUCGGAUGGCAGACAGCGUAUGCCGUUAACCCAGCUCGUGAUCUAGGUCCACGUAUCGCCCUUUCCAUUGUAGGAUACAGGGGACUCUUUACCUUUAAUGCUUGGUACUGGCUUAGGACGCCUUGCCUUGGACCUCUGGUGGGCGCACCUCUUGGUUGCUUCAUCUAUGAUGCACUCAUCUACACCGGGGCUGACUCGCCGCUGAACAAGGCUUGGGGUGGAAUUCGUUGGACAAAGAAGAGCAAGAAGAUUCCUGCUGGUAUUGAUCAGUAAGGUCCGUCGCAAAGGAGUAGUGGGAAAAGAGAGAGAGAAGGAGCACGUAGGAAGAGAGGUGGAGCGAUAAUAAUUAGCGUUCACAUUCACAUUCACAUUCACAUUCACACAUACAACAUCACACGAAAAAACAAGAAAGACGCACAGAUUCAUAUGCACGUUUCACAGUUACUACAGCAAUGUCCUUCUUGACGAACAAUUGUCUUUGCAAAUGCAACCCUAUCAAUUUCAUCCUCGUUCUUCGUUCCAUCUGCUCUAUUA